AUGUCUUCAAUAUCUUCUCUCCUCAUUGAGUGCCUCAAGGAUUUCAACGCAAUCCUCGCUGUGACGGAUUUUGCAGUGCUUGAAAGCGAGGUGCCACGGAACCUAUGGAAAGACGAAUUGGGCCGACUGCGGGUUUGGGCGAGCAACAUCGGUGCUCACCAGACGGGUCAAUCUUCGCUCGACUUUCGGCUCAGAGACACGUCUCAUAUCAAGGACCAAACCGUCAGACUCCUACAAAGACUGCGGCGGAUCCUUAAGGACUUGGAAGGCCUCUUGCACGACCCAGACAGCGACAGAAUUUUAGCUUUGUCCGAAGAAGAUGAAGAAUCCGAAACGCAAGAGAUCUAUCAUAGCCUGGUCGACGCAAUCAACUGCCUAUUUCAGCUUUCUAUGGUGAUUCGCCGCCCAAUACAGCAUGACCGUCUUUUAGGCACCAAAAGAGCGGAUGCGGCUCCCUUUGAGCCCUAUGACCGAGUACAUGUCGGUCAGAAGUAUCCUCAACUUACUCAAGUGGUUGCAGACAGACUUGGUUCUGCGAUCUCCAGACGCAGGGCAACCCUGAAAUACCGAGAGCGACAUCACGCAAAGCUUAGUAAAGGCAUUCAUCACGUCGGGGAUGACAGGAAGGAUGGAACAUCCACUCAACUCUCUGAGACGAUUGCUACCGGCUUCGAAGAACCCAGCAUAACUUUCGACGACACUGCGUCCACUUCUGGCGCUUCACAAACCUCCUAUGCACCGAGCUUAUGGGAAGGCAGCGACCGACUCACCGUUCCUCCGCCUCCUAAAGCGUCAGCGAAUGGACAGCCCUUCGAAUGCCCAUAUUGCUUUUACAUAGUCAUGGUCAGGAACAAGGCUUCAUGGGUACGCCACGUCUUUCGAGACCUCAUGCCGUACACAUGUAUCUUUCCCGAAUGCACUGUCCCGAAUCAGUUGUACAACAGCCGUCGGGAAUGGUUUCACCACAUGAGGAGUUCUCAUAGGUCUGAACUCGAGUCACAAGCUCAUUGCCCUCUGCAAUGUGGCGCGACAUCCAUCUCUGCUGUGCAGCUAGAAAGCCAUGUUGGACGACACCUGGAAGAGUUGGCUUUAUUUGCCAUUCCUCGAGCUAUUCCGGAUUAUGAUGAAGACCCUGAAAACCACCACAGCACCGGUUUUAGGACAGAUGAUUCAAAACCGGAUGAAACCGAUACGGGAAGUUCAGUUAUUGAAGGAAUUAUCGAUGAUAAUACUCAUGAGCGUGUUGCCAAUGAGUUCGCGGCUUCUACCAUCGAUGAUCCUGGCAGAACUGAUGACACCCUUUCGCCUAACGAUCAUGGUGGCAGUCACAAUGAACAUGAAUUUCGGCUAGGAUACGAUUCUGUCGAUAGAGACAGUGAAAGUCAGGCUGAUGUCGAGAGUCCAGAUCCUCUCACUCAUGACGAAUGGACAGAGUUCUCUAAGCAGAUGGUGGAAAGACAAGUUCUGCGCUCUUUUGGACUCCACUUUGAAGAGACCCAGGAAAAGUACUACGUGUCAGGGAAGUUAUCCCAUGAGGAGAUUGCUAGCAUCUUGCGCCAGUCGAGGAUCAUUGGCAAAAGACGAGAGCGGCGAGCUUCGGAAGCAGAGCAAAGGAGUGACAUGCCUCAGAGCAUGGUCAACUCCGCUGAUGGCUCCUCCUCGCGCCCACCACACGACAAUGAUCCCAGUCUCCCCGAAGGCCAACGAAAGACGGAAGUGAUAUCCACUCAGCCUGAAGAUGUGUCUGAUGAAAGUGCUGACACUACUACAUACUCUCACUGGGACCUGCAUGCUCUCAGAAUAGUAGAAGUUGAGCAACGGCAAUCUAUGCCGCAGGUUGAGGGGCUUGAAGAUGGAACCACGGAAACGCCGAAAGGCGCCUUAAUCAGUCCUCGAGAGCUUUUUCUUGAAGAAGGCGGCGACCAGGUCAUAUGGCCUAACGCACCUUUUGAGAACUUGAACGGCGAUGAUCGCACCGGACGCAAACCACGGUGGACCAAAAUCAGUCGUCACCUGGUCAAUCCGGAGGCUUUGGAAGAAGCAGGCGAGAGGUUCGAAGAAAGAGGCGCCUUUGUUGUUGUUCUUCGGGUACUUGACCAGGAAGACGUCGCCAGAUUAGCCGAGAGUACGGCUAGAAUUAGAGAAAGAAGAGUGGUGAGCGAGCUGCACCAGCCUAAUGAAGAAUCUACCCAACAAAAUCUAAGGGAGGUUGCUCCAAAAGGUCGGCUUGGAUCUGCGGCGAUCGAGGGUUACUUUGAAGUUCUCGAAGGUCUUUCUCUUGAUAGUGACCGGCAGCAGGCUAAGACUUCAAGUAAGUCAUUUCUCGAGGAACCAAAGCUGCCCCGGCGACUUUACUCCCGCCGCCAGGAGAGCGACAGCAAUUUAUCAUCCGACGACGAGUUUGAAAAUCGCAUUCCAGCAAAAAACAAUUCCGAGGAUGAAGGCGGAAAACUGGACGCCGAACCCGUCACUUCGCACUCAGCUGGUGAGAGCCGUCUAUCUGCGACAAGAGAAUAUCGAGUCAGGAGAACUGAAGUGAAGUACAGCGGGGAUAACCCGUGGUUCGAGCUACGCGAACGAGUCUGGGGGUAA